AAGAAAACGAUUAUGUCUAUCAGGAAAAGAGAGCAAUCAUCAGCAAAUCAGUAAAUGAGCAUGCUAUAUCUAUCAAAAAGCAUUUCGGCACCUUUUCAAAAAUAUAUUUGGUUUCCAAAUCAAAAUUUAUACGCUUCAUUAGCGCCUGGCCAUGAGCACCCCAAUAGUUUGGGUGAUUGGGGCUCCCUGCAGCGGGAAGGGGACGCAGUCGGAGAAAAUAGCCCAGAAAUACGGCUUUAAGCACAUUGAUCCGAUCUUCCUGGUUGACAAGGAGAUCGACACCCAUACGCCAGCUGGAAAGAAGUUCCAAGAGAUGCGCUUAGGAGGACAAGAAGUUCCCCUGGCAGAAAUGCUUCCCCUAAUCGAAAAGGAAGUGAUGGGUAAUCGAGGAGGACUUCAGGGACUCGUUAUUGAUGGUUACCCCAGCAACUUGCAAGAAGCUAAAGUCCUAGAGCAGCGCUUGGGGCCCCCGGACAUGAUCAUUUCCCUGGAUGUGCAAGACGACAUAACCAGUCGGCGCACUUCCAGAGCAGGCUCGGUCGGUAGGGUUAGUGUGGCCGAGCACAGGGGCUCCACCCAGCCAAUUCUAAAGAACUACGCCCGGGUUACCCUGCAAGUGAAUGGCGAGGAGGAGCCCGACAAAAUUUUCGAUGUGAUAGCCGAGCACAUGGACGGUCUGGUGAAGAAUCGCAAGAAGAUCCAAAUCGGUCGAUAGAUUCGUCUCCUUGGAGACCUUAGACAUUUAAAUCAAGUGGGAGUCCCAGUGGAAAGCUUCUCACUGAACAUAUUCAAAAGGGGAGCAAAAUCCGAAAGCUUGCUCGGUCCGAAAGCGAAAAGCUUUGCGCCAAAGCUUGAGCUGCGCAGCGCCGCGCGUACUGAAACCGUUAGCCGAAACCGUCCGAACCAAAGCGUUCCGGAGCGAAAGCCUUUUCAUUCAGAUUCAGAUACAUCGAGUCCGAUUCAGAUUCGGAUUCCGAGUCACUCUCAACAGACGCAGCACUCGGCACGGAGCACGGCGGUGGUGGAAAAAACGGAUUUGUUUUGGCCACUUGCGAAAAAUCGAGCACAACAUCUCGCGGACGGAAAAUCGCGCAAUUCCUUCAUCCAACGGCCCGCAGAAGCAGCGAAUACAC